AAUAAAAGUACAGUAACGUAUUUAUAGAGUUUGUAGAUUUCGACUUGACGUGCAGUUAUUAUACAGUCCGCUUACGGACAAGCCAGCAUGAGCGUGGCGGCGGCGCCACAUGAGCUGGUGCUGCAGGGCUAUCUGCACAAACAGAGCAAACACUUGAAAAUCUGGCGCAUCCGCUACUUUAUGCUCACAAAGAAUGAUAUUACAUACUCGACCAAGUCUGGCCGAAAGCCGCGGCUGCUGCUGACACUAGGAGACGUCCAAGUGAUUGACGAUCAGAACCAAGUGCGACAUCCAGGCAACUUUGUGUUCGUGCUGCAGACCCCGGCCCGGAAACUCUUUUUGAGUGCGACGACAGAGCAGGAGCGUCGCCGCUGGGUCACGGAAUUACGCGUAUUACUACCUGGAAGUUACGAUGAUCUACACCGGUCAACCUUAGAGUCGACCUUAAUUGGACGGAAUCCAUCUAGCGCAGCUAAGACGUCGAAUGCAGGUGCUACUAUACAGCAUAACCUGAAGAGGUCUAACAAACGCGCGUCUAAAGAGCGGCGUCUGGAGCGGAAACGACAACAGCUUCCAAAGUUGAAGCAGACGUAUACUGAGGUGUGGUUGGAUGAAGUAUUUACUCAUCCGAGUGGAAGCACGCGCGAUGAUGUGCCUCUGUUGGAUGCACUGUGCUUUGCGGGUAUUCCAAAGGAGCUUCGUGGUCGAGCUUGGGCUUGGAUACUCGGGAACACGCUUCAAGUGAACGAAGAUUUGUUUAAAAUAUGCAAAGCUCGAGCUCAGGCUGUGUUGAUGGAGAUGUCCUUAAAGCGGGACGUGGACCACUCGGUCGUUGAGACGCCAUCAGUCAGCUCCGAAAGUGCAAGUGCCAUGCUCGAGCCACCAUCAAGAAGUGUUUCUAACGUAAGCAGUGCAUCAUCCGCUUCGGAAUCCAUUGUGGAAGAUAGUGAAGCACCAACACUAACGGAAUACGGAAGAGACUCGUCGACAACAAUGCUAAUACCGGAGAUCAGUGACCGGAAACGAGCAAGGCGGUCGUCUGCAGUUCUGCCUGUGCAAAAUAUGUUACAGGAUGCGGUUGGUAUCGCCGAAAUGCUCGUCGCGCACGGAGAGCGCAGCAUUAAGCUUGUUAACGUCGAUAUGCCACGCACUUUUGGUCAUCACCCAUUGUUUCAGCCUGGUGCGGAGGGAACCGAGCGCACGACUGAGGUAUUGGAAGCGUACAUUUGCUACCGUCCGGAUCUGGGUUACGUGCAAGGAAUGAGCUACUUGGCGGCCACAUUGUGUUUUCACAUGGAUAGCUUCACUGCGUUCAAGGCGCUGGUUGCGCUGAUGAGCUCGAGCCUGCUUUUUGACAUGUUCCGUCUUGAGGCAACGCGGGUACGUGGUUGUCCUUGACUUUGUCCUGUUUCCUGAUUAAUGAGCCCUUAUUAUUUUGUUUUUUGUUUUUUGUGAAGACGUUCCACUACAUCGAUGUGUACAACCAGAUAUUCGAAUACGAAUUACCGGCCUUAUCAGCCCAUUUUCAUGAGAUCGGUAUUGACGCGCAAAUGUAUGCCGUAGACUGGGCUCUCACUCUAUUUACUCGUAGCUUGCCGCUGGAUCUCGCGUUGCGCAUUUGGGAUGUCUACGUCCUGUUGGGAACGCCGUUCUUCUUCCAAGCCAGCAUGGGGCUAUUGUCUCUUUUUCAGGACUCGUUGCUGGCGAUGGAAGCGGAAGAAAUCAUGCGACUGCUGCAUAAUUUCCCCAAGAACACGUCGUCACGACAGCUUUUCAAAGCCAUUUCGUCGGUGAGUCUCUCCUGUGAGGAGAUCACCGAGCUGCUGGCCGGAGGGAAGCUCUGGUCGCCCGACGAGGCUCGCGAGGUACCUGUCAAGUAUCCCGACACCUACGAGUGAGCGAAUAGCCCACUUUAACUUGCAGAUCGUAAGUACCAGCCAAGUAAAUGAUCAUCAAUUUUGUCUUCUCAUCCGUGAGUCACAAAAAGCGAGAUGGCUACAUCUUGAGUCAAAACUCUCGCUUAAGUAUCGAAACAAACUUAAUCGAGUCUAAGGACUCGAACCACCAACACUUUUCAUAUUGCUC